AUGGACCCACCCGGCACGCGGAAGCAAGACCAGCAGCGCGCCGGCGCCAUGGGCUUCCCCUCGCCCACCCAGGACUAUGCGACCAUCAACCCAAAGUUUCUCGACGAUUGCACGCGCAUGAAUUUUGCCAUCCAACAAAGCAUCCCUGAGGCCGUCCGCCGCAUUGUUAGGGACCACUGGGAAAAGUGCCUGCUCGGUUCCGAGUUUCAUCAAGCCUUCGUUCUCAAUGCUUCCAUUCACCACGCGCUUCCGUCCAUUACGCAGCGUGCAGUAAGAGAUUUUGGGGGCAAGAUGGUGGAGGAGUCGAAGGAGGAUGUCAUCAGACAUUUUACGACUGAGGCCCUAGACGAGGUUGCUGAUCUCAUCAUCGAAAAAGCGAGCGAUGGGUUUCUAGACAAGUGUCUCGCGAAGCGUCUCCGGACUAUCGAGGCCAAACCGCUCGUCAAUGCGCUCGCAGCUGCUGAGCGCCUGGGGUACGAGUCCAGCGACAUGAUUCAGGACGAACAGCACGAGCGCGUCAUCCCCCAAGAAGCUUACCCGGGAGCAGCCGCCGCGGCAAGUACCCGACCCGCUCCCCCGAGUCAGCCAUCGCCUGCGUAUCCGGAAGCAGGCCGAAACCAGCUUCAGUGCAUGAAAUGCUUCCGAACGUUCAUGCAUACCUCCGCAUUCGACCAUCACUCGAGAUACGACGUCUGCAGUCAAAUACCGCCGACUUCCAAUGGCUUCAACUACUCGUGCCCACACUGUGGUCAGGGAUUCACGAAUCAUGAUGAAGUGCAAGGGCACCUCGAUCACAAAGUAUGCGGCAACUUUGGCCAACCGCAGAGAGCUAGCCAAGGGCGACAACCGAGGACAGCCCCGACUGCUCCCCUUAGCCCACCAGCCAUCACCCCGUCCACUUCACAAACGCCCAUCUCAAACGGUGUCCCACGAACGCACCAGCAGUCCACCCCAGCGCACCCCAGCGUAACCAGGCCCACGGUAGCCACACCUACCUCAGCGGGCUCCGGGAAUGCAACCAACCCAUACAGCCAUUUAACCGAGCAUCAGAUGCAGCUUAUGCAUGAGGAGCUGAAAGCGGCCGAGGAGAAGUACCAGCCGCGGUUCGCGGAAGCAAACGAAAUCGCGGACGAAACCGCACGGCGGGUCAGACUCGAGGGUCUGCGUAACAGCUUUGGCACCAAGCAAUCGAUGAUCCGCAAAAAAUACGGCGUCCGGCUACGCGAGAGGCGCACGAAGGCCGAAAUCCUGGCUGAACGAGAGCGCCUGGGCCUCAAGAAAGCCGAGAAGGAGAAGGAGAGGGAGAAGGCAAGAACGCCGGCCGGCGUGCAAACGCACAGUACCAUCCCAUCAAUCAACACAGACCUGGCGUCGCGCGCUGCAGGCGGCAGUGGAUGGACCGCCGCGAACACCCCACGGACGAGCGCCACCUGGGAUGAACACAGCGCCAAGCGCCAGCGCACGAACGAGGGCGGUGGCUAUCAGACGCCAUAUAAAACUCUGGCGGACGAGACGCCGACACGUAAGACUCUCUCGGCGUCUUUGCUUGGGGGUGGCGGUCCAGCAGGUUCGUCCGCCGUUGCUGCCACCCACGACCCGACUGCCCCACAAGGGUCUCGGCCGGCGGCAGUCUACGAGCAAGCCGGUGCGCGAGUCGAGAUCCAUGAGCCAUCCAAGACCAGCAACCCCCCGGGUGCGCAUGACCCGUCUAGCACGGGGUCCGAAUCCGCCACCCCGAACGGUUCGGAGCCCGGCACCAACGGACACGGCAGAGGCUUCAACAUGCCGGCCGGAACCCAGCCCGUUGUCAUCGAUGAUGACUCGUCGUCCGACGACGACGGCGACGAGGAUAUUCCCUCCACGCUGCCCACCCACGUGCGAAAGGGUCUGGCGUCGGGGAGCACCUCGCUCUUACAGAAUCCUUAG